AUGAAGGUGAACUGGAAUGGUGUAACAAAUGCUAUUAAGCAGUUUUCCUUUAAAAUCUCUUCUGCUCGUUCUGGAAGGGAAGCAUUCUCAUUUCGGGAAGCUAUGCUACAAGCUAGCCGUAGAUUAAACGAGUUUACUGGAUACACUACUAUUGAAUCUUUAAAGAAAACUGUUGUUUUACGAGAACGGCAGCUCAAAGAAUUUCGAAAACUAGCGAACGAUGCUCGCAGAGCAUACCUAGAAGCCGUCGAAAGGAGGUCAUCUAGUCAACGAGAAGUCAAUGAAUUACUUCAAAGAAGAGGCAGCUGGUCUUCGACAGAUCUAGAGCGAUUUACUAAAUUAUAUAGAGAAGACUACUCCAAUAAAGAAAAUGAAACUCUGCUUCAGGAAAAUGUCAAAUCUACUGAGGAGAAAAUAGAGGAUGCACAGAAUGGUCUUGUGCAAUCUAUCCUAUCGCGGUACCAUGAAGAGCAAGUAUGGAGUGAUAAAAUCCGGCAAACGAGCACUUGGGGUACUUGGGGACUCAUGGGUAUUAACGUUCUGUUGUUCGUUGUUGUCCAACUUAUAUUGGAACCGAAGAGACGACGAAGAUGGGUUCAGGAGUCAAUGGAAUUUGUUGAGAAGGAAAAUAAAGAUAAAAUGGAAUUACAAAUUCAAAAACUAUCUGAAUUGGAAGAAAAAAUAUCUGAGGAUGUCGCCAAGUAUGGAUCGCAAAAAUCAGAGAGCUCCUCCAGGACGGAUCUUGAUUCUAGUGAGCCUUCGUCAAAGCCUUCAGUUUUGUUUCAAUUUCUUCAAAGAAUACCCUCUUUAGAUUUCUCUUCCUUCAAAUCCUUUACCGGUUCCAUCAAAGCCAUUAUACGCUAUAUAUUGUCUCCUUCUGAUGUUGUACAGGUCACCCAUAAACAACUUUCCAUGCUAAUGACUGAGUUUGUUUUUACCGGAGGAGCGAUACUAUGCUCAACUCUAUUUCUGUUCCGUCUUUUCAGACAUUAA